CACGCGCUAGGUAGUCCGCGGCCCCGCCGAGCUCCCAUUGGUCCGUUCCGUUGGACCGCGGCGCGCGAUUGGCCCUUUCCGUUGGACCGCGGCGUCCGAUUGGCCGGCGCGAUGAAGCCGCCCGCUCUCCUGCACUAGCCAGGCCGCUUCGCCCACCAGGAAGUUCGGGGCCGCUGUUCGACUGCGGGAAAAAUGCUGCUCCACUCGGUGCUACUCCUCGCGGGUGUGGAGAUACUCCUGCCGUCCGCCGAGGGCCUGGACGGCGGCGGCAAAGUGUCGAAGCGGGCGAAGCCUCUGGACCCUGAAGAGGACGAUUACUACUACGACGAGGUGGACGAGAGGAACAAUCCGACGAACGAGGCUCCCGUCGUGCCCCCGGGAUUCCUGAGCCCGUCCGUGAGGGAGUACCUCGAUCUCGGUAAAUCGAUACCCGGUCGACCGGGCACGGACUACCCGGUGCUGGGCAAAGUGCCCUACACGAACUUCUACUGCGACGACCAGCCCUACCCGGGGUUCUUCGCGGACGUGGAGACGCGGUGCCAGGGGUGGCACUACUGCGACAUCGACGGUCGCCAGGCCACCUUCUUGUGCCCGAACGGGACGCAAUUCAGCCAAGCAGUGUUCGUCUGCGACUGGUGGUUCAACGUUCGCUGCGAGCUCAGUCCGAAGCUCUACGCUAUCAACAGUCGGCUCUAUCAGCGACCGACGGAGAGCCCGACCAGGCCCCACCGGGUGAUCACGAAGGAGUUGCUGGAGAACAUCUUCGUGCGGAAGAAAUGAGAGCCUCUGGCUCCGCAACCCCCUCCGAGGGCCCCAUAUCACCCUCGAUAGCCCACCUUAACCCCCACGUUGCGACCACCCGUGGUCCUUAAUCGCUGAUGAGGUCGCGUCCGAAACGAGCGGACCGCCCCGGCCACGUUGACGGCGGAACCACCCCUCGAAAAUAAGGAAGAGUUCCCCGGGACUCGAGGAGAACCGUUUCCUUUACGCUGAUGCGGACCUACCCCUGCACCUGGGGUACGUGAGCACGCACCUAACCUCAAAACUCUUCUGGACGCCUUUUGCGUGCGGGUAGGAUAAAGUACGCGGACCUUCUGCGAGGAAUACCAUAGGGAUCCUGGUCCUUCGAUGGACUUCACCAUGGGAAUCUGACUGGCCACGGGAAACGAGGCGAUUUCGGGCGAGAUUGAGGUUAGGUCUUGGUGAUCUUGCUGAUCUUGGCGCUCCGCGGGAAUUACUUUACACUUGCGGCCGGGAUUUGAUUAGCCGACUAUAUGUAAAUGAAGAAUGACGUUUAGGUCGAGGGAAAUUGUUUAUAGGGUAUCGAUGUAAUUAUGGAGAUGCGAUAUAUCGGCAGUAGGAAGAAAAUCUCGACCCUGUGGAGGGAAGAUCGUUAGAUCACUGCUCGACGAUGGAUCCUGGGACACGUCUCGUAACCGCCGUACCAAGGUCCGUAUUAAGUUAAUCGUUAGGCGAAUAAAAAAGAAAAGGUA